GUCCCUACCUUCCUUCCUCCUGUUCUCCUUUACUACUAUAUUAUCUCUGUCACUCCCUGAGCAGUUAUUCCCAAUUCCUCGCGCAGACCUGGACACCCAUGCUUUCCUCGAGCCCUUCGCCCUGUGGCUCAGUGCCCAGUGGGGACCCAGAGAACCACAGGAAGCAGGUCCAGAGGGCUUAUGUUACUGAGAAAAGAACAUCCAAAGGGGAGCACUCAAAGCCCCAGCUGGAUUCUUCCAAAGCCCUGGGUCCUAAGGCCCGAAGACUAAGCCGUUUGACAGUGAAGUAUGAUCUGGGACAGCUCCAGACGUGGCAAGAGAUAGAACAGUGGGUGGAUUCCCAGCUUCAGGAGCUGUACCAGGAGCGAUUGUCCUCUGUGCCUGAGUUUGACCUAGAAGACUUCAUUGAACUCUCCACAGAAGAACAGAAAAGCAAACUGCAGGCGAUUCUCCAAGAUUGUGUCCAUCCUACAGAGCCCUUUAUCUCUAAGCUGCUUAGCCACCUCAAGAAACUCCGGAGGCUCAGCCGGCCUCAGAAAUAAAACUUUACAUACCGCCUUCCUCAACCCUAGACCUCAGCCUACUACGGACCCUGUAGGCCUCACCCUUCCUGCCUCCCAGAGCCACCCCCUCGACCUUGUGGCUUUGUGUGUGGAGAUGGGCGGGAAGCCCCCUCAGGACUCAUGGGCCAGCGAGGUGGAGGAUGAGAGAUGUCUGGACACUGCCCUAGGGGAUAUGGUGCAGAGACAGCUUCAGCAUCUUAGCAGACCGGCUGGGCUUCCUCAGUGACUGGACAAAUGACCCUGGGUCACUGUGUCUGGGGCUCUUUGGCAAGCCCCUGACUCAUGUUUUGAAUCUGGAAGGGUAAAGCCUAUGGAAAAGAUAUCAGUGUGGAGUUUUAUUAGCCCAGAGGGAAAUGGGGUGAAAGAUCAUUGGCUGUUUGUAGCAAAACACCAGAUGGACAGCACAGGGCUAUAUCCGUCACUGCCCCAGCUUUACAAUUGUUAUAAGACUUGAUCUUCACGACAACCUUGGGAAGUAGGUGCUAUUAUUAUC